AUGGUGUCUGCCGUGCUGCUGGCGUCUGCCGUACUGAUGGUGUCUGCCGUGCUGAUGGUGUCUGCCGUGCUGGUGGUGUCUGCCGUGCUGCUGGCGUCUGCCGUACUGAUGGUGUCUGCCGUGCUGAUGGUGUCUGCCGUGCUGGUGGUGUCUGCCCUGUGCUGCUGUAGGGAUCACUACAGGCUGUUUGAGGUGAACUACAGCUGGCAUAAGUACGGGAUACAGGUCAGCGAGGACAUCAGGACUGACCACUUUGCCUCUACCUUCUCCAUAGACGAGGGACUUACCUCUAGCCACGACAACUCAACAUAUCCGUACGUACAAAUAAGAAUCGACAUGACGAGAAAGCUAAGUUACCACCUCAUGAACACCUACAUCCCCUCUGGCCUGUUUGUGAUCGUAUCUUGGCUCACGUUCCUCAUUCCUCCUCAUCUGGUGCCUGGGAGGAUGGUGCUCACUAUCACUACACUUCUCACUAUGGUGUCUACCUUUAAUACUGUCAGGCAGGAGAGUCCAAAGGUGUCAUACGCCAAGGCCAUCGAUAUGUGGAUGUUUUGCUGCAUUAUCCUGGGCUUCCUGGUGCUGGUGGAAUACACGGUGGUGGUGCGUCUCAUACUGGCCCCCAAGACAGUCAAGGUGUUAUCCCAUGACCCUGCUACACAACUUGAGGGUCCGUGUAAAAGCUGCAAGAGGUCACCCAAGUUGGAGCAGAGAUCACCAGUGACUCACAGGUCUCUCUCCGUCAAGCUGGAGACUUACACACCCCUCGUACUGUGCAUUAUGUUCAUCAUGUUUAAUCUUAUAUACUGGCCAUAUUGGGUCCACCAUGGCAGCAACUAUGACAAUUAA